AAAUAUGAUCACAACAGAAAAAAAAAUUAAUUUGCCUCCAUAUGUUGAUCUGCUGCCACGUGGAAAAAUAAAUGGUUCUCUUACCUUCCUCGCCCCUUUCUCCUUCUCGACGAGAUCGCAACAAACACAGAGAGCAGCAGCCGCAGCCCAAGAUCGGAAAAAACAAAGACAGAGCAGCAGCCGCAGCACGAGAUCGGAAAAAACGGAGACAGAGCAGCAGCCAUGGCCGUUCAAAAAGAAAGCCGGAGCAUCCAUAUCCUCACACAAGCACCACCAGAAAAGCCCAUUUAGAGAUUUGGAGGUAGAGUUCAUCGAAUCCUCAAGCUUUUUUUUAUUCUGUCUUCACUCUUCAGUCUUCACUAUAACCAUAAUCUUUGAACGUGUCCGAUUAUUUCCCACGAAUCCGGCACGAGUACCCGUACCCGUACCCGUGUCGUGUCGUGUCGACACGGGUACUUCGCCCAAAAACAUGGAUCCGGGUAACAUAGUAAUCGCCACCUUAUCCGCCCACUCCAAAAUUAAUUUAGAAAUUGAAAGCAAUCAGUAUAUAUAUCCACCUCUCAAAGACUAUAUUUAUGCCUCCGUCCACGUCCAUGGCCAUGUACUCACUGCUCAAUAGAGUAAUAUCGUUAGUCAUAUAAUCCUUCAAAAUAGCCUUCGCUGCUAUUCUCAAUCCUCGUUCUCCGCUCGCACUCACAAAUUCUAGUUGUUUUGGAGGUUUUUGAAAGAUGCUUUCAUGCUGGCACUCCCGCGCUGGCACCCACAUUAUAUCCAUCCAAAGAAAUAGAGGUCUGGAGUUUCCCACCAAAUCUCACCAAAACCAUUUCUCACCAAACCAUUUCUGGCCAAAUAGCAAUUAUGCGCCUAAGAUCCGUUUGGUUAGGUUGUUCAUGCAUCGCGUGUGUAACGCGGGAAUCAAGGUCAGCAAAGCUGCGUGCCUCAUUCACUUAUUCGGUUCAGCUCUUUCCAGCGAACAAAUCAAUGUGCUAAUUCACAGCAUUCUCAGUGCUGAAGUUACCAUGAGUACGUUACAUGGACACGGGUACGUGAAUCGGGUGCGGGUACAUAUCUAAGAGUCGGAAAUCUCAAAGUUGAAAAUAGAGGAUUCGGGGAUAUGUAUCCAAAGGUGCGGAGAUUCGUCAAAUUUAUUUUUUUAUAAUUAAAAUUUUAUUAUUUUUUAAAUUUUAAUAUGUAAAAUAAAGAUAAUUUAUGUAAUUUGUCUAACUUUAAGUAUAUGGAUUAUUUGUUUUGUGACAAAAUGAUAGUAAUAAAAGCCCAUAAAAAUUUAUGAAACCUACUUUAAUUGUCCAAAUGUACAAGCCCACAGGAGCCCAAAAAGAAGUAGUAGCCCAGCAAAAACAAAUAAUAAAUAAGUCCAUUAUACAAUUAACAAGUCCAAUUCGCAGCCCAAUGUGAUAAAUAAACCCCAAAUCAUAAAAGAACAGAGAUCGACAUUCUCUUCCACGCUUCCACGAUCGUCUUUCACGCCUACAUCGACAAUCAUCUUCCAGCCGAAUCCGGUACAGAUCCCGUACCCGUAUUCGCGUCACGUCGAUAUGGGUACUUCGUCCAAAACCAGGGAUCCGUGUAUCACAAAGUUUAGCCUUUGAGCUGAACAAUUUUCUGCCUAACCAUUAGCAGCAUUGUUACUGCACGAUGUGAGUUUUGAAACAUACAAGGACCUUCAUGUAGAAGAAAACAACUCUGUGCUUAUUUGCUAUGGCAGCUUCUGCAAAAACCCUCACUCAUGAAAAGCCAAACCCAACUGAAGACUGGACGAUAGUUUUACCUCGACGUGGGAAACAGAGAAGGAAUUUGCUCAAAACUGGGAUCCCACAACAAGCACACUCUUGGGUUCCAAUUGACCAAAAAGUCGACCCUGACCAAGAAUCUAAACUGAUGCAGAAGAUGGUAGUCUGUAUGAAGAAACUUGAAAGCUCCGAAUUCUUCUGUAAUUUUAUUGAUCAAAUUCAUACUCCUCAAAUCUCAGAUCAUAUUUCUAGGGUUUUGGGCUCUGAAACAAAGAUGCAGAUGGUGAUAUAUGGUAUUGGUAGCCUUGAAUUGUACGAACCCCCUCGAGUGCAGCUCGGUCUUGCGAUUUUGACAAAGAAAAGGUUCAGUUGGAUUGGAGAUGUAGAAGUAUUUGAUCCAAUUCUUUCCGGAACAGAAACUAGGGUUUUGGAAACUCUGGGUUGCUCGGUUCUUUCAUUCAACGAACAAGGCCGACGGCAAGCUUCAAAACCAACACUUUUCUAUAUGCCUCAUUGCGAGGCUGAAUUAUAUGACAACCUCCUGCAUGCAAAUUGGAGGGUGGACCUGUUGAACCGUAUAAUACUGUUUGGGAACAGCUUUGAGGGAUACGAGCAAUACGUGUCCGUAUUCAAGAACUCAGCUGGGGUUAGUUUGAGGAAGCAUCUUUUGGCUGUUAGGAGAUUCACUAAAGAGUUUGGAAUCAAGACGGUUUCUGAUGAUUAUUAUCGGGCUUUAAACGAUAUGAGCUGGCAUUUCUUCAGCAUUGAUCCUGAUAUGGAGCUGCAGUUUGGUAAAAUGAUGGAGAUUGUAGACAGUUGCUCUGAAACUGCUUGAUAUUUUUGAAACUGAUGAAUUUUGUUUCCAUUAUCUUGCUGGAACAAGGCAAUUAUUUUUUAAUUCAUGGCUAAAUUUCUUUGCCAAUUCAAUGUAAUCAGGGUGGUGUGAGUUUUUACACCCCCCUGGUAAAAAUGAUUGUUCCUUUCCUCUGGUUUUAUUAUGGUAACAAUUUGUAGAUGUCAAA